CGAUGGAUCAACCUAAGAUUUCUCAUCACUGAACAUUUUUCCCACCCAGCUGAAAGCAGCAUGACGUCGUUUACAGUGGCCAAUCAUAAAAAGGCUCCCCUCCGCUUUGGACCAAUGGGAGGCGUCGAGGAAUGCCUGUCAGUCACAGGUGAGGGUGGCUGGCAAAAAAAAAUUGGGUGAAAAGGGCCAGAGAGUGGAGCGAGUGAGGGCUGAUGGUAGAGCUAUGCGGAGGAGCAGCAUCGCGCCUGCGGAUGUAGGACAAACUUUGCACUGCUUCUUUCGUGGGGAUGCGUCAAGAAACCAAGACUGGAGGGAAAAGUUGAGAAAGAGCAGAGCGCGGAGGGAGUAGUCUAAAAUGUGGAUGAACUGACGUUUGCGCCACGAUCCGGGCCGGUUAAUAAUUCAAGUUGAAGACCGAGCAAACUGCGCUUUUUUGAAAAUGGCCGUUCGUGGAAACUCGCUGAUGCCUUUCUCAAUCCAAGCCAUCCUGAACAAAAAGGACGACAGCAGACACUUGCCAGAUUUGGACAUGUGUUUCUCCAAAACGGCGUGCUGGAAAAUAUUUGGGGAGAUGAACGGCGGGUCUAGGAGAGAUGAUGCGGAGGCGUGUGAGCCCCCGGACCAGAAAAGCUACGAUUCGGAUUCGGGACUGAGCGAUGACAACGACGGCAAAACUCCUGCCGCGUGCAAGUCGGAAAAAGACGGAGACCCUGCAUCAGAUGUUCCCGAGGAAAGUCUGCAGGAGGAGACAGACCACGAGUCCACAGCUGUAGAAAACACAAAGAGUGACAGUGAACCGAAUAAUGCAACAGAUUCCAGCACCCUGGAUGACAAGAGCCACGACCAGCCUAAACAGCGGAAGAAGCGCUCCAGGGCGGCCUUCUCCCAUGCGCAGGUCUUCGAGUUGGAGCGCCGCUUUAACCACCAGCGGUACCUGUCCGGACCGGAGCGGGCGGACCUGGCGGCCUCCCUGAAGCUCACAGAGACUCAGGUCAAGAUCUGGUUCCAGAAUCGCAGGUACAAGACGAAACGCCGCCAGAUGGCCGCAGAUCUGAUGGCCUCGACCCCGGCGGCGAAGAAGGUGGCGGUGAAAGUUUUGGUCCGGGACGACCAGAGACAGUACAACCCGGGGGAGAUCCUGCGGCCCCCGCUGCUCUCCCUCCAGCCGUCCUACUAUUACCCGUACGCGUACUGCCUCCCUGCAUGGACACUGUCUGCGUGUGCGGGGAAUCAGUGAGAACUCAAUGACUGUAUUUAUUCUUUUAUUCCUUUGCUCCCAGGAGAAAGAAAAAAAACAAACUUUUUUUUGACAAGAGGAGGAGACCUGAGGGGACUGACAUUUACUCAAACCUCAUCGCUUUGUCCAGGGGUUCUCCAAAUUUUGUGUUGUUUUUUUUUUAACACCUCCAUAUAGUUCCUAGUCUGCCCUGAAGAACCCCCUUUAAAGCAGACAUGUGUCAUGGUUUAGGCUGUAAUAUUCUAAGUGUUCCUCCUUCUAAAAGUCAGUAUGUUAACCUCUGGGGAGUGACACAGUUUGAGCAUUUAAGUAUUCCUGUCUUUGCUGAGGAGCCUUUCGAGAACCUCUGAACGCCCCCGGACCCUCCUGACUUAGAGGACCACCGGUGGUUUUGACUGAAAAUGACACCUUAUAUGUUGGUUUUUAUUUGACAUGCGCCUUCCUACCUCUGCAGUGAUUGGAAAUAGGCAUAUUCCAUUGACUCUUCAAAUAACUGUGUCUGUUACAGGUUGUGUUUUUUUUUUUUUUUCCUCUUGCUGUGUUUGUAAAAGGUAAGAUAUUUCAGCACUUUUGAGCAUAUACGUUACGUUAUUUCAAGGUUAAAUGCAUUAUAGUGUGGACAUGUACAGGAUCAGACUGUAAAGAGGUGGGUUUGUUGUGUUCUUGGUCUGGUCUGACAGUUGAUCAGAGGACUGAAAACAGACGAACCUAUUGAAAUGUACAUGUGUUCUCUGUGUUAACUGAUUGUAGAUCGAAAAAAAAUAUUAAAACAUAUCAGG